UUAAUGCCAUCUCCAAAAUCUCCAAUAAGUCACGUCAAAAAAAGGAUCACACUUGUCUAUUCUAAUCUUUUUACAGGUCUUCUAAUAGCUUAUAGUGUCCUGGUGCAUGGCGCCCAUAAACCCAACAAGGUUUGGGAAUUUGAGAUUGAUCUGCCGAAGAUGCUGCGAACCCUGCGGUCGUACACAGGCGUGUCUGUCACUAGCAGUCCGAGCCUGGAUCCCAACGUGGAAGGACCCAUAGCUAGAUAUGGACAACCAGAUCUGCUCUCACAGAAGCUGAAGUUUGAGAUAUCUUCGCCAGGGUUGGCACACAUAAUGGAUUACGUGAAAAAUUUAGUAAGUGCAAGACGACAAAACAAAGAUCAACGGCAGAAGACUGAAGGAUAUGUUAUGGAGAUACAGGGUGUUAUCAAAACACCCAAAUACACAUACCCACCGGACUACGACUGGAUGCGGCUCAGUUCUCUGUACAAGAUAAAACAGGAAAAGGAAAAUAAAAAGGGUUAA